CGUGCGGAACGGUGGAACAGAACCAUUUCGGUACGUCGCGGAAGAAUGCGUAGCGUAGCCAUUGUUGGUGCUGCGAUCGUUAGUUUCUAGAUCCGAGAUCGCCAUGGGCACGGAAAGGGACACGACCGCGCGGAGCUCGAGGAUUACGUCGACGGGGCACGACGCGGGCCAUUGAUAAGUGUUGCCGAUUUCGCGCUGAGGGACGGACGCGCGUGUAAGUCUUGGGGGACUAAGCCUGUGGGUAUCGGACCGCGUCUCGCGCGUUCCCAUCUCGUCCCGUCUCGCCGUUGCGUGUACGCGAACCGAGCGCUCGCGCUCGCACGAGUGAGAGUGAGUGAGGUGACAUCGGUGGGGCCACUACUCGAGCGGCGGCCAUAACACCGACCAGCCAACCAAACUACUAACGCGAGCGAGGGAGAAAGCGUAGUUCGGAGUUGUCCGGGGGCCCGUAGUGGUAGUGUUUUUCCCGUGAAUUUGAGUUCCCCGUGCGGCAAAGCGGACUUCCGUCUUGCAUCAGAUGUUGCUAAUGUCGCGAGUCUUGCCUGGAGGUACGGAGUCAAACACCAGUAUACAGGGCUGACAUUCAAAGUACUACCACUCGGUAGACUUACGUAGUGUUAUGCCUCCUCGGCACCAAUACUCCUGGUUGCAGCGCAAUCGUCUUGGCAAGCAAUUAAUGAGCUACCAUGCUCAAUUCAGAAAAUUUACUUGCCAUCUCAAUUGUUGAUGAAGCCUCAUAGCGUCAAGCAUCAGCGUAAGGCAGUUACCUGCUGCGUAGCAUUUAUGUAUCAUAAAAAAUCGGAAAGUCGGAAAGAAACGAAGUCAAGAUGCAGCAGGUGGACACCAUUUCGCAGAACAAUUCUUUAGAUGUGGAGGAGCGAGAAAGGCUGUGUAAUAUACCGAAGACGAGCACACCUGGCAAGGCUUCGACGACGCCAGCGAGUCCUGCAAAGGAACCGCCUCCGCGUGACGAACCACCUCUGGAACCGGUGAAUGGCAUAGUUCAACCACCGGUUGUUCCGCCACCCAAUCGUCCAGGACGUAUCACGAAUCAAUUGCAGUUUUUGCAAAAGGGUGUUUUGAAGCCAGUAUGGAAGCAUCAGUUUGCCUGGCCCUUCCAACAACCUGUCGAUGCGAAAAAACUCAAUUUACCGGACUAUCACAAAAUCAUCAAAAAACCAAUGGACUUGGGCACAAUCAAAAAGCGGUUGGAGAAUUCGUACUACUGGAGUGGGAAAGAAUGCAUUCAGGACUUCAAUACUAUGUUUACCAAUUGUUAUGUCUACAACAAACCAGGGGAGGAUGUUGUGGUCAUGGCACAGGCUCUCGAAAAAUUGUUCCUUACAAAGGUUGCACAAAUGCCGAAGGAAGAGGUGGAAUUAGAUCCACCUGUUCCGAAAGGACCCAAAGGCAAAAAAGCUGGAAGAGUUGGUGGACCAGGAGUAGGUGGAGUAACGGGAGGUACCGGAGCAGGUAGAGGACGGCCAGCUUCUGGUGCAGCCGCUGUCACUUCCAGCGUACCAAAUAGUCUAACACCCUCAGCUACAUCAGCUGCAACAACUGGCGUUAUACCCAUGCCGCCUCUUGGUACUCAGGCACCAGCUUCGGUACCAGGAAGCACGAAUACAACCACUAUCGCUCCACCGUCAAGUAUGGGUGUUACACCAAUGGCCACUCACAAUUCGUUGCCUCAGCAAGUUGUCCCUCCAACCACGGGUUACCAUGCGCAGCCAGCGAUGGAUCCUCAAACAGCUUCUGCUGUGCCUCCACCUCCACAAAUCCCUACAACACCGACUGUAAUGCCUCCAUCACAACCUGCCAAACUCAAAAAGGGAGUUAAAAGAAAAGCUGACACUACAACUCCUACAGCAAACGCAUUUGAUCCAUUAUAUACACCUAUGGAUUCCAAGAAUGCUAAAAUACCCACGAGAAGGGAAUCUGGCAGGCAAAUUAAAAAGCCAACAAGACAAGCGGAAGACGGCUUAGUGCCAUACCAUCAGGCCAAUAUGCCUCUUAUGGGGGCAAUGGCCCAACAGCCUCCGCAUGCUGGUGUCAAAGGAAAAGAAAAAUUGUCUGAUCCUUUAAAAUCUUGCAAUGACAUUUUGAAGGAACUUUUCGCUAAAAAACACUCGCCCUAUGCUUGGCCUUUUUACAAACCUGUUGAUGCAGAACUUCUAGGCCUUCAUGACUAUCAUGAGAUUAUCAAGAAACCUAUGGAUCUUGGCACAGUAAAGACGAAAAUGGAUAAUCGUCAAUACAAAACUGCAAACGAAUUUGCGGGCGAUGUACGACUUAUAUUUACUAAUUGUUACAAAUAUAAUCCUCCCGAUCAUGACGUUGUUUCAAUGGCUAGGAAACUUCAAGAUAUAUUUGAGAUGAGAUUUGCUAAAGUUCCGGAUGAACCAAGCAUGGGUAGCAGUACUGUGACUACGAAAGGAAGCAGCAGUGGUAGCGGUAGUAGUUCUGGAGGAGAUAGUUCUUCCGAUAGUGAUGAUUCGGUUGAGGAACGUACUCAGAAAUUACUUGAAUUACAGCAAGAGCUGAAAGCAAUGCAAGAGCAAAUGAGGAAAUUAGUAGAGGAGAGCGGCAAGAAGAAAAAUAAAAAGAAGAAGCCAGAGAAGCCAAAAUCAAAGCCAAUGAGCAAUAAGAAUAGCAGCCUUGUUGCCAGUCAUACCGGUGCCAUGAAGGAACUUAUGAAACCGAGUGGUGGCAUUCCCAACGUGUCUGACAGUGUUGGUGCUAGUAUAGCCAGUGUUGCGAUGGGUGCAGGCGAUUUGAAAAUGCCUGGUGGCAUAGCUAGCGAUCUCCACCAUCAAACUACAGCAAUAGGACCUAACAAGACUCAUGGCGCAGGAAGUUUAGGACAUCAUUUGCCAGCAGCAGCGAAUGCUAAGCCAAAAGGUAAAGGCCGGGGACCUGGAAAAGCUGCCACAACUGCGAAUACCGCAACCAAAAGGCCGAAGGCUAACAGCAGAUCUACUGGGAACAAGAAGAAAAAUACUGGCAAUCAACCACCUCCGAUCACGUUCGACUCGGAAGAUGAAGAUAAUGCCAAACCAAUGUCUUAUGAUGAAAAGAGGCAGCUCAGCUUGGAUAUUAAUAAGCUACCAGGCGACAAAUUAGGUCGUGUUGUACACAUAAUACAAUCUCGAGAGCCUUCACUGAGGGAUUCAAAUCCAGAUGAAAUCGAAAUCGAUUUUGAGACACUGAAGCCAUCAACGCUUAGAGAACUGGAGAGCUAUGUUGCAUCAUGCCUCAGAAAGAAGCCACACAAGAAAGUCAGUGGUAAGUCCAAGGAUGAACAGAUGGCCGAAAAGAAACAAGAAUUGGAAAAAAGGUUACAGGACGUAACAGGGCAGUUGGGCAAUGUCAAGAAAACUGCCAAGAAAGAAGACAGUAGUAAGUCCGUCGAUGUAGUUGGAACUGGUGGUGCGAGUGGACCUUCACGAUUGUCGGCAUCGAGCAGUAGUAGCAGCGAUAGUGACUCCAGCAGUAGUUCGCUUUCUUCAUCGAGCACUGAUUCAAGCGACAGUGAAGCAGGAAACUCCUCGAAUCGUCCACAUAGGAAGAAAGCAAAGAAGAACGCACCAAGUACAGGACCUUCUGCACAGACUGCUACCGUCGCAUCGGCAUCUACAUUAAAUCAUAGUGGAGCUCUUUUAAUGAAUAAUCAACCACCGGCGAAUUCUACGGGACCAAUAACAAAGCCAACUGUUAGUCAACCAAGCAAUAUUCCUUCAGAAUCAGGGGGCAAUAAUAAUCAGCCAGUCGCAGUGGCUGCUGUUACAACAGGACAAAGUAUACCUGUCGCGAGUCACGCAUCUAUGCCAGCCCAACCGUCACGACCUACAGCUCUGGCUACGGCCGCUCCUGUCAAAAAACCAACACCAACACCACCACCACCACCACCACCGACAACAUCUAACCCACCAACUCCGUCGAUCUCUGUACCAACUCCACCGCCCAGCGUCACACCUACAAAUACAAAUUCUAUGACGGCUUCGCCAGCUGUAUCUCAACAACCACCGCAGCAGCCACCAACGUCCAUUAGUUCCUUUCCAAAUGCAAAUACAUCCGUAUCCACAGACGGAACAAAUUUAAAUCAACAAUCCGAUCUUUUACAGCCAUACAAUACUUUAGCUUCGGUGCCUACUACGCAGUCCUCCAUGGAAACACUUGCAGUCAAGAAGGAGCCUUCAUUUAUUCAAACACCCACUUUGGAUCAAACCCUCGCUAUCAAGAAAGAAUCGUCGUUCAUCCAAACGUCUCAUACGACGAAUAAUACUAAUAACAACACAAAUCUCAAUUUGCUACCGGACGUAAAACCUGUCAACAUGAUGCCAACGAGUAUGGCUUCUAAUCUGAAUUUGGGCAAUAUUAAUAUGACGAAUUUGAACAUGAAUUUGUCGCAAGGACUGGCGGCACAUAUAUCCAUGCACAAUCAAUUAGAGAAUAUGAUUAAUACCACUGCGCCGUUGACUAAUAUACAGAAUUCGCAUAACAUUACAAUGUCGCAACAGCAUUCCAACGGAUUUCCAAAUACAAAACGCGGAAAUUCACCGCCGAAUAUGCUGAAUAAUAACGGCAUUCCAGGAUUGAAUAUAGGAAUGAAUAUGGGAGGCAUGAGUUCGAUAUUUGAUCCCCUUCCUAUAACAUCCAUGCCGAUGCAGAUCUCUCAGAUUCCCCUAAAGAAAGAAGAAAAGCCCUUGCCAAUUUCUCAACCUCAGUUGACGCAAAAGCCUAUGGAUGCAGGAGCUUUUUUUGCAGAAAUUAAUACCCUAGGAAUGCCACCGAUGGGUAAUCAUGCCAGUGCUCAAAUGAUGCCUGAAAAGAAAAUGACCCCACCUGACACAAAGAAUUCUGCUGCAAACUUUGCGUCAGCCUUUAAAAAUAAGACUGUAGAGCAGAACGUAAGGAACGCAUCAUCAUGGUCUUCCCUCGCGCAAGCUUCGAGUCCACAAUCAGCAGUCGCAGGAAGUAGUAUGAAGAGCGCAGCGCGAGAAACAUUCCAGGCAUUCAAGAAGCAAGCUAAAGAAAAGCAGGAUAGGCAAAGAGCCCUAUUAGAGCAACAAGAGAUGCGCAAACAACAGAAGGAGCAAGCGGAACGAGAGAGAUUGCGACAGGAGAAUGAAAGAAGACGGGAACGAGAGGAAGAAGAUGCUCUGGACAAAGUUAGGAAAAAUAUUGGCGAUCAGCAAGGCAACGUUAUGACUGCCACGACGCGAACGGAAGAAGUAAAAGCCAUUACUGACACAGAUAGCAGUAGUCCGAGUCAUUCGUCCAGUCAGGACAAGUCUGCUGCAGAAAGAGAACGUCUACGGCAACGGGAGCAAGAACGCCGGCGACGAGAAGCGCUGGCAAGUCAAAUUGACAUGAAUAUGCAGAGCGAUUUGAUGGCUGCGUUUGAGGAAUCUUUAUAAUGUUACUAUAUCCUGUUUAUAAUAAACCCACAAAAAACUCGGACGUAUGUUUGGCGUUGAGCGAUAUUGUAGAAAUCUUUAAAUACGACGUCAAUCAAUAAACAAAAACAACGCAGACAAUGAACAGACUCAGAUAAAUAACGAUGACGACAUAUGCCGUUGUGCUUAGUUAUCAAAAUGGUAGUUGGGACAUUCCAACAGAAAAUCCAUUUGGUCGUCAAAAGAUUCGGACAGUUCAUUAAAACUGAGACAAACUGUAUUGUCUCUAGAACGACAGACACUUAAGUGCGACUAAAUAUUGUAAUUAGAUAAAUACUUAUACGACUUCAAAAAUGCUACACUGAUAUUGUGUUACAUUUUUCCGGUUUUCAUAAGUUUGUACUUUAUGUAAAUUUGGAAACCACAUAUUAAGCAAAUAAGAGAGGUUUGCAUGUGAUAACCGAAUGCGUGCGAAUAGAUAUGAAUGUCGGCUUAAAGAGGAGUAAAAAUCGUGUACAUUUAGUUAAGUUUUGUAUUUUUCCACAUUGAGUCAUUAAUCGUUGGUAGGAUUACGUAGACGAGUGUUUCUGCCAAUAAUACAUGUAAUCGAGCGACUAAUUUGUAAGGGCGUUAUUAAUGAUAGUUCGUAAUUAUACCAACUAUCAUUAAUAACGCCCCUUGCAAGUUACUUGCUCGAUUAUUCAUAUACGCUAUUUGUAAUCACAAAAAUAGCUAGGCGUAUUUAUGAAUAAACGAUAGAGAGAUGUAAGAUAAUAUGAACAUCUAAGAACUUGGUGAAUUUAAUAAUGAUCAUCACGGCUGUCCACAUGUGACUUCAAUUGAUCAACUGCUGAUCGAUCAGACUAAUUAACAGCUAUACUAUUGCGAUUGAUUCAAGAGUUAUUGCGAGCCAGAGCUGGUCGAUUCAAAGCUAAUUCAUUAACUCACUUUAGAACAAUGUUGUCAAUUAUUACGAAUAAUGGUAAGAUGAUUCUAGAAUUGAAGUAGUUUCGAUCCUACCAACCAUUAGAACAGACUAUGUACCUAAUUCUUCGUAUACUUUAGGCACAUGGGAAAAGAAAUCGUGAGGCCGGAUGAAAUUAGGAAAGAACGUGUUAGGAAAGAAUUAUAUUUAUUCGAUUAUUAGGGUAUGGUAUUUCGCAAAAAUAUAAAAAUUAUUAAAAUAUAAAAAAAAUUUUUUCGGGGAAAACAUUUGCGUGUAACCUUAAAAUGUCUUAAAAUCUACUCAAAUUUGGCGUAUCAUGAGCGAGCAAACGGAAAAUUAUGUGUUUGUAAACACUUCGGGUAUGGUCCGAUUAGUAACUAAGCCACCCGAACAAGAUACGCGAAUCGAGUGAAUCCUAAAAAAUUAAAAAAAAAUUAUUUGACCGGAAAAGUACAAAAAGGUAAAAAUAAUUUCUUAUUGUGAUUAUUAUUAUUAAUUUCGUAAAAGUAUUUAAGUUAUACGAGCAUUGGCAUUAUAAUAAUAUGCCAAAUAUAAAAGUAGUGCUAUUAUUAAAUUAUUUGUUUAACUGCAAUUUUAUUUUUUUAGUAACUAUAAACUUGUAUAGUAAAACUUUUUGUUGUAUAUAUGGCAGUACUUGUGGCGAUGAGCAGUCGUUAUGAUGGCACAAUGAUGUUUGAUGAUUAAUCCAAAGUAAUUAUUAUCUAAAACUUUGAGGUUUUAAGCAAAAUCAUGGUUUUUAUAGAAUCAUAAACUAUGAUGAUUUAUUGGCCGGGAUUUAAUUGGAAGAAAGGAGAUGAAUACAGUGAGAUAGGAAAAUCUUGAUAAGUUCAAAAUUAUUUCUUCGGCAAGCGUCAUAAUUUCUCGAGCUUUCUACUGCAGAUCAAGUUUUGGAAUAUUGAAACAACGUGACGAAGAAUAAAAAAAAACAACGCGGAGAAAACUAUAUUAUCGAUGGAAAAGCCACUUUCGAAUGUUCAUGCCAUCCUUCGGCAAUUCUGUUUUCAUAUUAUUUCGUACAAUAUAUUGGAGAUAAACAAAAGGAGCUCGUAAGAAAAGUGACAGCGACUUUUGGAUCUUGGAGAGACCUUGCUAUUUAUUCCUGGGUGUUGUUCUCUCAUAUCAGUAACGAUCCGACCGUCAUUGAUCGUCGAUCAUCAAUAUCUAGCAAUAUUAGAAUAUUUCUGUAAUCUUUUGUUUUAGUGCGUCUUCGGGCCCAAUGUGAGCCGCCUAUUCGCCGUUUUUGUCUAAUCAAAAUUAAGAAUGAUCUAUGAUCUAAUUCUUAAAAUAUACUAUUUACACGCUGCGAUGGUAAUAUUCGCGCGGUAUGUACAAUGAUUUAGUCAUCCGUACAUUAUUGUUGAUGUAUACCCUUAAUAAGAUAGGAAAGUUCGAUGCGAGAUUACUGAUUUAGCGAUGUAUAAAAAUUGAUAAAUAUGUCGAUUGUGUUCUUUUCAUACGGAAUGCAAAGCAUCUAGCGUAGCGUCGUGCGCUAAUUUGCAUUAAAAACAAAAAAAACAAAAAAAUAAGAAAUUUUCAGCACAGUCGAAAAUGAUUUGAACGUCUCAUUUCGUAAACUUUGAUUGUCUAUAUGCGAAAGAAAAAUUCUACUUGGAUGGGAUUAUUAAUAUUUGAUUUGGCGAACGGAAUUAUUAACGUUUGAAUUAUAACGUUUAGGAUAGUAAAAUGGUAAUGUAAAUUAUUGGCAGAAGUUAUUGAGGUACGUCGAAGAAUCAUACUUGCAGUUCUUAUCGAGUUUAAUGCCAACGGCAUAAACAUUCGAUUUAACGAUAAAGUUUUGGUAAAUUGCAAAAUAUUUCUGCCAAUAGUUUACAUUACCAGUUUACUAUUAUUUCGAUAUGAUGUCCUAUAGAAAGUGGUGGAUGUUAGUGUUUUUGUUUCUUUUUUGUUAUUACAUAUUUACGAUUCAUGCGUGGCGGCUAGCACGAGCAUAUCGCGUGGCAAUGUGUAAUAAUCAAAAAAGAAACAAAAAAAUUAUAAGUGCAUGGUAAGAAAAAGGAAAGAGUUUAGGAAGAAGAAUGUAUGAAAGAGGAGAGGAGUGCGCGUUGAAUAGAUAUUAAGAUUGUAUAAUAUGUAGUUUGUAAUUGUACAUACAAGGUGAAAUUGGCAGCAUUCGGAACACAGAAUAUGUGUGUAUAAAAUAUUAAGUACUAAUUAUAUCUAUGUAUGUGAUAAGAUUUAUAAGAGAGAGCCGACAGAUAGAAUGUAUAACCCAAUUAGGAUCUCAGCAUAUAAGUUAGGAUAUAAACAACAUACACCCAUAUUAAGUAAGUUAACACCAAAAUCACUCAGCUCUGUAUCAAAAAGUAAUUUUUUAUAUAAGUUCCCACGAACGCACAUCAUCUCCAAUAGAACACGAAUUUUAGCAAACUUACUACGAUAGCAAACAUUUAAAAACUGGUUGUACAUAAAUAAUAACGAAAUGAGAAAAUAAAUGGCUGAACUAAAAGAGAUGUUUGAUGUUGUUAAAUAAGGGGAAAGAGAGAGAGAGAGAGAAAAGUGAGAGAAUGAGUGACAGACAGAGCGAUUGUUAAUUGAGUGAUAAUUUGCGCGCGUUCAUGUAUCUAUAUUUCCUUCUUUCGUUGUAUUGAUAUGGCGCUAGCUCAUAAAUUUACUUUCGUAUUUAUGUUAAAUAUAAUUUUUUAUAAAUAAAUCGAAUUAAAAAAACUGA